AUUGAUCUUUUUCCUCUAAUGUCUGCUGUGAGAGUGUUGGUUUCUGGAGCUGCCGGUAACAUCGGUUAUGCGAUCCUUCCUAUGAUUUGCAACGGAAACGUGUUUGGUUUUGACCAGCCCAUUGAUCUGGUUCUGCUUGAUAUUGAGCCGUGCAUGGGAAAGUUGGAGGGAGUGAAGAUGGAGAUCGACGACUCUGCUUAUCCUCUUGUUAAGAGUGUGACGAAGAGCUGUGUGGCUAUGGAGGCCUUCAAGGGAGUUCAGUACGCCUUCCUGAUCGGAGGUUUCCCCAGACUGAAGGGAAUGCUCCGCAAGGACCUGAUUGCCAAGAACACUGCUAUCUUCAGCGAGACUGGAAAGGCAAUUGACGCUGUUGCUGACAAGAACAUCAAGGUGCUGGUGGUCGCCAAUCCCGCCAACACCAACGCCCGUGUGCUGAUGGAGCACGCCCCCUCGAUUCCUCGCGAGAACUUCUCCGCCAUGACCCGCCUGGACGCCAACCGUGCCAAGUCUCUCCUGCGCGAGACCGCCUCCAAGAAGCUCGGCCGUGACAUUCCUCUGACCGCGGUCAAGAACAUCAUCAUCUGGGGUAACCACAGCGACACCCAGUUCCCCGACGUGAACUUCGCCACGGUGGAGGGCAAGCCUGCUCGCGAGGUCGUGGGCGACGACGCCUAUCUGGACGGCGAGUUCCUCACCACGGUCCAGCUCCGUGGAAAGGCCGUCAUCGCCGCUCGCGGACUGUCCAGCGCCUGCUCGGCGGCCAAGGCGGCGUGCGACCAUAUGCGGGAUUGGGUCCAGGGCACCGCGGAGGGAGAGUACAGCAUCAUGUCGGUGUGCUCGGACGGAAAGCACUAUGACGUGCCCGAGGGACUGAUCUUCUCGUUCCCGGUGACGGUGAAGGACGGAAAGUGGUCGAUUGUGGAGGGACUGGAGCUCGAUGCUCGGAGCAAGGAGUUCUUUGCCAAGACGAUCGCUGAGCUGCAGGAGGAGAAGGUGGCUGCUGAUGAGUUCCUUGCUGGACAACAGUAAGUUUUUAUGUAAUGU